AUGCGGCGCAAGCUGAUCGCCGGAAACUGGAAGAUGAACGGGCUGUCGGCCGACGGCAUGAAGCUGGCCGAGGCGCUGGCCCAGCGCCUGCAGCAGGCGGUCGACUACGGCGAUCCGCCGGCGCCGGCCUGCGACCUCCUGGUCUGCCCGCCCUUCACCCUGCUCUGGCCGCUGCGCGAGGCGGUCGCCGGCAGCGGCAUCGCGCUCGGCGGGCAGGACUGCCACAGCGCGCCGUCCGGCGCGCACACCGGCGAUAUCGCCGCCGCCAUGCUGGCCGACAUCGGCUGCGGCUACGUGAUCCUGGGCCAUUCGGAGCGGCGUCACGAUCAUGCGGAGGAUGACGCCACGGUGCAGGCCAAGACGCGCGCCGCCCUGGCCGCCGGGCUCACCCCCGUCGUCUGCGUCGGCGAGACCGAGGCGCAGCGCGACGCCGGCGAGAC